AUGCCAUUAGCACAUAAUCUUAGUAAAGUUACGAAAAAUGUAUCUAAAUCAACAGGUGCCAUCCAUGUUAAAGGACGUAAAUUCAAGCAAUUAAAUCGUGCAACAUUAAGGGAGAAAAAAAUUCAACUGAAAAAAUUAGAAUCUUUAGAAAGAAAAUCAAAUGAAUUAAGUAUUGUAUUUUUCAUUCAAAAUAUUCUUAAAGAUGAUUCCACCAAAGAAGAAUAUUCAAUUGAUGAAAUGAAAACCAUUAUUGAAGAUUUUAUUAAUCAAAAUAACGAAGAAUUAGAAAAAUUAAAAUCUGAAAGAAGAAAAGGUAGACCUCCAACAAAUAGACAAAAUUUAUUAGAAGAAAAAUUAAAACAUGAUUUAGAUGUUUAUAAAACUGGGUUUAAAAUUCCUGAUAUAAGUGAUAAAUUAACUGUUGAAAGAGUAAGAGAUUGGAAUGGAACUACUGGUGCUACUACAGUUAUGAAAUUUAUACGAAUUUCCAAAGAUAUGACAGAAUUCCCAACCCAAGAAGUUGAAAUGAAGUAA